AUGAAUUCCACACCUGACUUGGUGAGUCCCCAAAAAUCAACGUCUUCGAAUUCGAAUGGCGAAUUGGAAUCCAACGGAUCCAAAUAUAUGAACACCCCAGAGGGUAAGAAAGGUGAAGGCAGAGAUGAUCUAAGUAACAUCAAAAAUGAGCCUGAAGUUCCAAAGCCAGACAACAGUAGGACCGCUUACAUUUCCACCUGUCUAUGUUGUAUCAUGGUUGCAUUUGGUGGUUUUGUCUUUGGUUGGGAUACUGGUACCAUUUCUGGUUUUGUUAAUCAAUCUGAUUUCUUGAGAAGAUUUGGUCAAGUGAACAGUGAAGGUGAACAUUAUUUGUCCAAGGUUAGAAUGGGUUUGAUUGUUGCUAUUUUCAAUGUUGGUUGUGCCAUCGGUGGUAUUAUUUUAUCAAGAAUUGGUGAUGUCUACGGUCGUCGUGUUGGUUUGAUUACUGUGGUUAUUAUCUACGUCGUUGGUAUUUUGAUUCAAAUCUGUUCCUUUGACAAAUGGUACCAAUAUUUCAUUGGUAGAAUCAUUUCUGGUCUUGGUGUUGGUGGUAUUUCUGUCUUGUCUCCAAUGUUGAUUUCUGAAGUGUCUCCAAAGGAAAUGAGAGGUGCUAUGGUUUCCAGUUACCAAUUGAUGAUCACUUUAGGUAUCUUUUUGGGUUACUGUUGUAACUACGGUACCAAGACUUACAGCGAUUCCACUCAAUGGAGAGUUCCAUUAGGUCUAUGUUUCGCUUGGGCUUUGUUCAUGAUUGGUGGUAUGCUCUUCGUUCCAGAAUCUCCACGUUACUUGAUUGAAGCCGGUAAGCACGAUGAAGCUAGACGUUCUUUGGCUAGAGUUAACAAAUGUCCAAUUGACUCUGCUUUCACUCAGCAUGAAUUUGACUUGAUCGAGGCCUCCAUUGAAGAGAUGAAAGCUGCCGGUUCUGCUAGCUGGGGUGAACUUUUCACCGGUAAGCCAGCUAUGUGCAGACGUACUAUCAUGGGUAUUAUGAUUCAAUCUUUGCAACAAUUGACUGGUGAUAACUACUUCUUUUACUACGGUACUACCGUUUUUAAGGCUGUUGGUAUGGAAGAUUCUUUUGAAACUUCUAUUGUCUUCGGUAUUGUCAACUUUGCUUGUACUGCUUUGUCUCUUUACACUGUUGACAAGUUUGGUCGUCGUAAGUGUCUACUAUGGGGUUGUAUUGGUAUGGUCUGUUGUUAUGUCGUUUAUGCAUCUGUCGGUGUCACUAGAUUAUGGCCAGAUGGACAAGAUCAACCAUCUUCCAAGGGUGCUGGUAACUGUAUGAUUGUUUUCGCAUGUUUCUACAUCUUCUGUUUCGCUACCACUUGGGCUCCAAUUGCAUACGUUAUCAUCUCUGAAUCUUUCCCAUUGAGAAUCAAGUCCAAGGCUAUGUCCAUUGCAAGUGCUUCUAACUGGCUAUGGGGUUUCUUGAUUGCUUUCUUCACUCCAUUCAUUACUGGUGCCAUUAACUUCUACUACGGUUACGUCUUUAUGGGUUGUAUGGUCUUUGCUUACUUCUACGUCUUCUUCUUUGUUCCAGAAACUAAGGGUUUGACUUUGGAAGAAGUUAACGACAUGUACGCUGAAGGUGUUCUACCAUGGAAAUCUUCAGGCUGGGUCCCAGCCUCUAGAAGAGGUGCUGACUAUGAUGCUGAAUUCAUGUUGCAUGAUGACCAACCAUUUUACAAGAGAAUGUUUGGUAAGAACUAA